GGGCGGGCGGCAGCGGCGGGAGCCGGUGCGCGGCGGGCGCGGCCAUGGCCAUGGAGGAGGUGUGCGCAAGGUUCGUGUCGCAGAAGAUCAGCAAGACGCGAUGGCGGCCCCUGCCCGCCGCCGCGCUUCAGCCCCCGGACAUCUUCGCCACCGGCUCCUGGGACAACGAGGACAACAGGAUCUCCAUUUGGUCUGUUGGGGAGUUUGGAAAUGUGGGUCUCAAUGGUGAAUAUCAAGGAGAACCUCAGCUGCUGUGUGACAUCAGGCACAACGGUGAUGUUAUGGAUAUGCAGUUUUUGGAUCAAGAGAGAAUUGUGGUUGCCUCAUCAACAGGAACUGUAACUGUAUUCCGUCAUCAUCAAAAUAACCAGACUUUAUCUGCCAACCAGCGGUGGGAGAAAGCCCAUUACCAUGUGGAUCAAAACACAUCCUGUGGGGGAGCAGCGUGUACUGGAGUUAUUUGCAGCAACCCAGAAAUUGUCACUGUUGGAGAAGAUGGUAGAAUAAAUCACUUCAGAGCUGACCAAAAGGAUGCAAUAAGAACUAUAGACAAUGCAGACAGCAGCACACUCCAUGCAGUGACUUUCCUUCGCACAACUGAGAUCUUGACAGUAAAUUCAAUUGGACAGUUAAAAAUAUGGGACCUCAGACAGCAACGAAAUGAACCAUCUCAAAUAUUUUCUUUGACAGGUGACAGAGUUCCAUUGCACUGUGUGGACAGGCAUCCUAAUCAGCAGCAUAUUGUGGCCACAGGGGGCCAAGAUGGGAUGUUGAGCAUAUGGGACAUCAGGCAGGGUUCUAUGCCAGUGUCCCUGCUAAAUGCACAUGAAGCAGAAAUGUGGGAAGUUCACUUCCAUCCCUCCAACCCUGAUCACUUAUUUACGUGUUCUGAAGAUGGAGCUCUUUGGCACUGGGAUACUUCCACAGACAUAUCUGAAAAACCAUCCUUUCUUCAUCAAGGAGGAAGAAGUACUGCCUAUUUUUCCCACAAUACCAUUAACCAGUCUGUAGUAAGUGCCUGGCUAAGCAAUGACCCUGCCAAGGACCGCAUAGAAAUCACCAACUUAAUUCCAAAUCAGACUUUGUCUGUGAAUAGUUUAGAUAUUUUGGGACCAUGCCUAGUAUAUGGUACUGAUGCAGAAGCCGUCUAUGUGAACAGACAGCUUUUUGCAUGAAGCAAUUCCAGUCUCUUUUUUGAAGUACUGAUCACCUUGAGUGACUGGGAAAAGUCAGAUUCAUUCUUAAUGAUACUCAUUAAUCUGUUACUAUGAUGUGGGGGAGAGGCCUGCUCCGUGGUCCUGGUACUGCAGAAGAAAUGUAAGGUACCUCUGAUUCUGAAAGCUGUCACUUGUUAUUGACAACCCCAGGAUGGGUAACCUGUUUCUUCCUUAACUCCUGUUUGAUUUUGGUAAGCAGUAAGGUAGUCUUUAGGGCAAGCUGUUUGCUGUAAACUGAUGUCCAUAUUCCACGUGUGCCUACGAAGUGAAGAAAAGGUAACCCCCCAAUUUUUAAUUUUUUUUUCCAGUAAAGAUAUUUUUCAAGUAUUAAUUCUAUGGGAUUCUUUGAAAUUAUUUUUGUCACCUGAAAGAGGUGGGGUUUUUUAAUAUGAGGGUUUUUUAUGUACUUAAGGGACAUUACUUUUUAUGUUAGUUAAUGAGAAUUGGAAAGGAAAACUAUUAAAGCUGAAAUGUGAAAGGUUGUGUAAGAAUCUUAGCAUUUUAGCAUCGUUAUUUGUGAUUACAUGCAGCUUCAUCAUGGAUGCUAUUUUAACUUGCUAAUGUGCUGGUAACUUAACAGAAAAGGGUUUUUGUGUAGUUAAGAGGUCAUAAUGGACAGAUGUGUUGGCUGUGUUUUCAGGUGUGAGAAUAAUACACACUAAACUGGAGGCAUAGUCUUUGUCACCAUAAAAAUGUCACAUUGGUCUGUUGCAGUCAUUGAAAAGUUAAAAAUUUGUGGUUGGUGUUGUAACUACCUUCUGUUGCAGAGGACCCUUUAUCUUUUUAAUAAAAAGCU